CGAACGGCCAGCGAUCAACGUUUGGCCACCACAGCACUCGAGAGCGAUAACGAGCAGCUGAUUUUGCCUGAUUUUAGCUGAUUUUCAUCCAUUAUCCAUUAUCUGGCAUCGCAGCAAAAACAGCCAGAGCGGCAACAACAACAACAACUACAACUACAACUACAACAACAUCAACAAGGGCAUAUCGCAUCUCUCUCCCCCGCAACAACAACAACAAUUAUAAUAACGAUCUGUGACAAGAAAAGACAAAAUAAAAUUAACAAAAAAAAACAACCAAAAUUUACAACACAAAAAAGUGAAGUGAACUCUCGGGCGCUCUCCCGCUCUCGCGACUCUCUCUCGCUCUUUCGGCAACUUCGGCUCGGGCUUUUUUCCGACUUCGGCUCCGGCUUGUAAAUUACUUGCAAAGUUAAUUUUAGUCUCGGCUUUUAAUACCGUUUUAGUGCGUUUUCAAGUUGGUCGUGUGCUUUCCCACUCUCUGACAAAAAUUCAAUUUGAUUUUUCAAAAAUCCAAUUCGAAACUAAUCCAACACUUGAUAAAUAUAAAUAAUAUUUGAAAUAUUAUUAAAACUGAAUGUGACUUUUUUGGUUACCACUAACCAUAUAUCCUCGUGACAAAUUUUUUUUUUCGGAUCCAUUUUUUUUUCCCAACGGAAAUGUAAACCAUUCGCCCCCCAAAAAACAGCCCCCCUUAAGCUUCCUGCUUCAAAGUCCAGAACAAAAGCGCAACAAAAUCCAAUUACAUAACAUUUAAUUGCCAAAAAUAUAAAUAAAAUUAAAAUAAAAACAAUAAUAUCAUAAUUCAGGAAUCCGAAAACGCGCUCACCAAUACAAAGGCGAACGCAUUAAAAGACGGAAGUGCAUUUUUUUUCGUUAAGCGGCAAAGCGGCGCAUCCUGUUUUUUGGGCCUUCCACACACGCUCACGCACACACACGCACCCCGAACACAAGCAAACACACGCCAAACACUCGCAUAUACACGUACUCUGUGAGGACUGGGAGCCGCUCUCACGCAAAAGAUCCACGAAUAACGGCAACUUCUUACCUUGGGUUAAUUGAUUAACCAGGCCCAAAUAAUCCCAAAAUCCAAAAGGGAGCGGAGAACACAAAGAGCCAGCAAGAUGACUGGUUUCACGAACGCCGGUUUCGAGAACGAUGAGCCCGUCAAGCCAAAAGCUGGUUUCGAGCCCGACACCGCCUCGCUGCGAGAGAAAGUUGUGCUGAAUCCGGCCGAGAAAUGGCGCAUCUUAAAGAAUAUCUCGAUCAUCUCGAUCGCCUUUAUGGUGCAAUUUACAGCGUUUCAGGGCACGGCCAAUCUGCAAUCCUCGAUCAAUGCUAAGGAUGGACUGGGCACAGUAUCGCUCAGUGCGAUCUAUGCCGCCUUGGUGGUAUCCUGCAUCUUCCUGCCCACACUGAUCAUCCGCAAGCUGACGGUCAAAUGGACCCUCGUCUGCAGUAUGCUCUGCUAUGCCCCCUACAUCGCCUUCCAGUUAUUCCCGCGAUUCUACACCCUGGUGCCAGCCGGUAUCCUUGUCGGUAUGGGUGCCGCUCCUAUGUGGGCGUCCAAGGCUACCUAUUUGACGCAGGUUGGACAAGUGUAUGCCAAGAUUACGGAACAGGCUGUCGACGCUAUCAUUGUGCGGUUCUUCGGCUUCUUCUUCCUGGCCUGGCAAUCCGCUGAGCUCUGGGGCAAUCUCAUCUCCAGCUUGGUCCUGUCCAGCGGAGCCCAUGGUGGCAGCAGCAGCUCGAACACAACGAUCAGCGAUGAGGAUUUGCAGUUCUGCGGUGCCAACUUCUGCACCACUGGUAGCAGUGGUCACGGCAACCUGGAGCGACCGCCAGAGGAUGAGAUCUUCGAGAUCUCAAUGAUCUAUCUGUCGUGCAUUGUGGCCGCCGUCUGCAUCAUUGCCUUCUUCCUGGAUCCCCUUAAGCGUUAUGGCGAGAAACGCAAGGGAUCAAAUUCCGCAGCCGAAUUGUCGGGACUUCAGCUGCUAUCCGCCACUUUCCGUCAAAUGAAGAAACCGAAUCUACAGCUCCUGAUCCCAAUUACCGUUUUCAUUGGCAUGGAGCAGGCAUUUAUUGGUGCCGAUUUCACUCAGGCCUAUGUCGCCUGUGCUCUGGGUGUGAACAAGAUCGGUUUCGUGAUGAUCUGUUUCGGCGUUGUGAAUGCCCUGUGCUCGAUUCUCUUCGGAUCGGUGAUGAAGUAUAUCGGCCGUCUGCCCAUUAUUGUUUUGGGUGCGGUCGUACACUUCACAUUGAUUACCGUAGAGCUAUUCUGGCGUCCAAAUCCCGAUAAUCCAAUCAUCUUCUACGCGAUGUCCGGCCUGUGGGGCGUGGGCGAUGCCGUGUGGCAAACGCAGAUCAACGGACUGUACGGUCUGCUGUUCCGCAGGAACAAGGAGGCAGCCUUCUCCAACUACCGUUUGUGGGAGUCUGCCGGUUUUGUGAUCGCCUACGCCUAUGCCACAACGCUUUGCACGCAGAUGAAGCUCUACAUCCUGCUGGCGGUGCUCACGCUCGGCUGCAUUGGCUACGUGAUCGUCGAGAUCCUGUACAGGAAGAAGCAACGCAAGGUUAAGAAGCAGGAGAGGCUGGAGGCCGCGGAGAAGGAGAAGGAGGCCGCCGCUGCCGCAGCAGCUGCCGCUCUGGCCGCCGCCGAGGCUGGUCCUGAUGGCGUCGAGGAGACCGACGAUGAGCUGGACGAUCUCGAGGAGGACAUUGUGGUCACGCGCCUGUAAAUGUUUUAUUCUCCCCCACAAGUAUAACCCCCAAAAAACUCCACAAGUCCCUCACACACCCCACAUUCCAUCAAGUUAUCGAUAGAAAGAGAGAUACACUAUCAGGAGCGUUAUCGAUGCAAACACAAAAAAAGACAACAAGAUUUAAAAAAGCAAAAAAAAAAAAAAGAAAAAUUGCUUCGAUAAAAUGAAACUAGCAUAUCUAUCGAUAGACAAAGCGCGCUCCGUGAUCGAUAAACAGUUACCAACUGGCGCCUAUUGAAGGCACCGCAACAACACGAUGCAUACUUCUGAAGUUGUAGUUUUGUAAUAGAACAUUUGUACCCCUCACCCCCGAAAAACCAGCUCCUGCGCGAGAGAAACCAUUUAGCUCAAAGUCCAACCGAGUUUGGCUUAACUUUAGUUUGUACAUACAGAGAAGAGAUCGAAAAGGGCGAAAUGCUAAUUAGUUGCAAAAAGGCAGUGAGGAAACCCGCGGAAAUGCAAAACUUUUGUGUGUUAGUCUAGGUGUAAGCACACUCGUACUUAGUCAAUAUGCACGCCUUAUUUUCAAAUAUACAUUUAUCGGUACUUACUUAUCGAUGAAAAAUAUCUAUAUAUUUGAUCGAUUUAUAAUGGUAAUUUUCCAAUUUGCAUUUGAUAAAGAGAAACGCUCACUUUUUGCAAUUCGAAAUUCAACCAAAAUGUAUUAUCGAUAAAUCAGUAUUUGCAAUUAAAGCGUUCGUAAGAAACUUUGUAUCACACAAACAUAAAAAAAAAACAAAACGCACACACCUAUACACACGAGGCAUACACACUGCAGCAGUGUGUGUGCUUACGAUGCCUAACAAAUUGUUAUUUUAUUUUAAAGCGUAUUUUAACUAUAGUGUGUAUCCCUAAACGAAAAUUGUAAUACACCCAAUUCCCUUUUUGUAAAUUGAGUUUUUUGUAUUUUGAGAAAAA